ACUAGAAGUAGGUUUUUAUUUUGAAAAUUUACGUGCAUUGUAUGGAAUUAAAUAAUCAAUAGAUUGCUUGGUUUAAGUUGUAUUUUACUUAGGUUCAAAACGCGAUAGAAUCUUGACGGUACAUCGACUUUCUGGAUUGUCAUAACAUAAAUAAUUACUUAAAUUUAAAAGAUGAGGCUUUUUCUUGCAUUGGCGUUAUGCUUCGUUUGCUUUAUUCAAUUGUCGAUGCAAGCAGAAGUGCAGGGAAAAAUUGUUCCUAAUCUGGUUAUGAGAAGCUUGAAUGAUCUGCCGUAUGAUACGCAUGCAAAACUAAUUUCUAAGGAGCUUAUCAGAGAUUACCCAGUUCAACGGAAUGGACAAUUCAGCUUUACGAACGUGGAGAAUGGAACAUAUCUCUUGCGCUUUGAAACCAUUGAAUAUGACUUUGCUCAAUUUCAUAUCAUCGUAAACGGGUCUCGGGUUUAUCCUUAUUACACGACGACUGGAGAAGAGAGACCCUCUACGUCCGCCAUGAAAAGUAUAUCGCACCCCAUCACUGUCCGCGCGGUGCAGAAGCAUGAAUACUUACAGGAACCCAGAAAAUUCUCUUUGAUUCGUCUACUGAAAAGCCCAAUGAUGUUGUUGUCAUUAGCAUCCGUCGUUAUGGUUUUUGUCCUUCCCAAAUUGAGCGAGCAUGCUCGAUCCAUGGAGGUUACUCAGCAGCAGCAGGAAUCAGAAGUGACCAAGAAGACAACGUAAUUGUAGAUGUAGAGAAAAGUUUCUCGUUCAUUUGGAAUAACCUUCAAAAAAGUGGUUUUCCUUUUGUGGCUUCAAAAGUUAGUACUGCUCUGCUACUCUAAUGAAAUUACUAAGCGUUUCAUUGUUUACAAGGAUCAUCAUUGACGAGCUUCUUUUUCGGUUUUUGCUUUCUUUUAUGAAUGUGACUUUUCUUGUUGAUUUAAUCGCUUCGUUUUACCAUUUUUAAAUUAUUGGAUUUCCUUUAUCAGCUUUUAUUUACUGUAUUCUUGAAAGAAAAAUGAAAAAGUUGUCUAAAAAAACAAACAAACACGCCUCGCAUAAACUGUUCUAGGGCUACAACUCAGGAUGUUUACAAUGGUUAGACGAUGCAUGCUGUCGCAUUUAUUUUUUUUUUGAUUUUCUGCAAUGAGCAUGGGAACUGAACUGGAGUCUAUAGAUGAAAACAUGCGUGAUAUCAAAUAUUCACAAACGAAUGGAACUGUUAAUGAAUAUUUGAUGACUCUUUCAUGACAUGGUUAUAAAAUCACAAUGACCAAUAAACAUAUGCAACUAAGCAACCAGUUGAUAAUCUUAAGUAACGUUUACAAUAGUUGAAAAUCCAGCAUGGAGAAAAACUACCAAAACAGACUUUAUGCUUCCAUUUAAAACCUGAAUUGAAUUCCAACGACGAUUUAUUUUUAUUUUUAUUUUUCUACAAUUUUUGACUGGAUUUAUUGAGCAUCACUGCGUGUCUCACUAUUUGUUGACAUCAGCCACUCGCAACUAUCCAAAAGCCAAGAUUGUUCAUUGCAGCAAGAGCAAGUGAAAUUUUUGCAGA